GGUGUGUAUGGAUAUGUUACCAAGUACCAACUCACAGAUUGAUCAGCGAGGAUCUACAGCGGGUAUAUGACGCGUCCCUGUUUCUCCUUCUACAUGUAGGGGAGCUUACACCUUUUUCCCUUCUUCCAACUCCCCUUCUAUCAAAAAAGCGACAGAGCGUCCGUCCACAUCACCGAAGCAUUGGCAAUAAGCCUAUACCAGCUAUAAUCCAUCUCAACUUCUACUCACAAUGGCUACCCCGAUCCCCAUCGCCCUCGUCGAAGCCAACGAGGACUUCGCUAGAGCCAUCCAACGGGAACUCCUCCCCCAGUUUUUGGUGGUACACGUUUGCCUCAGCGCCGAAAGGGCGACGUUCGAACUCGCCAACUGCUACGCCGGUCCAGCGGCGGGCAGCCCGCACGAGUGCCCCGUGGGUAGCAACAUGCAAGUCCCCGCCGAGGAGCGCAGCGAGCCGCGCGCCGUCCUCGUCGGCACCAGCAUCGAGGACCGCGCCAUCUUCGCCAUUCGAGACAGUGCCGAGCGCGGACUGCCCGAUAUCACCACGGUGAAGAUGGAUGUCGGGGAUGACCCCACAGACGUGGGCAUGGUUAUGAUACGUAUCCACGAGCAGUUAGAUCGGCUUGUUGAUGAGGGGGUACUUAGGGCCGAGUAGAAGGGUGCUGGAGCUCAGUAUCGGGACAGCUAGAAGAGUUACUGGAUACCUUGUCUAGCGAGAGUGGACGGUUCCGCGGUGAGCUUUAGCUUUUAUGUAGCAGGGCAAGCAAAUAUCCACAUUCCCAGGC